AGUUUCCCGCGUUUGCCUUUACUCGACACAUCACACAACGACGAUUACCAUUCGCCAUAUUCAUUUCCAAGCACUUGUCAUUMGUCAUUCGCCAACCGCCGUUGCUGCUCACCUUUUCUCUUCCUACCWCCCGUGUGGCAUACACAUUUUUGUACCAACUAUUUCGUUUAAAUCUUAACGUUUAUCCGUACUACGUUGAAUUUCAUAUCACCAUGCCUAGCCCAAUGAAGAAAGUACGCAAAUGCAUCGACGAAAACGUUUUGGCCUUUUCCAAACUCACUGAACACGGUUUCACCCCCAUCAGGGGUACCGAUUACUCGGCAGGUUACGAUUUGAAGAGUGCCUAUUCAUAUGUUGUGAAAGCACAUGGAAAAGAGCUAAUCAAAACCGACAUCCAAAUUAAAGUGCCUCAAGGUACCUAUGGCCGUAUUGCCCCACGUUCUGGUCUUGCUUGGAAAAAUUUCAUUGAUGUUGGUGCUGGUGUGAUUGACAGCGAUUAUAGAGGAAAUGUUGGUGUUCUACUAUACAACCAUUCUGAUGAUGACUUCAUAGUAAAUAAAGGGGAUAGAGUUGCACAACUUAUAUGUGAGAAGAUUGUAUGUCCAGAAGUAGUAGAGCUCGAGACAUUGGAUGAUACUGUUCGAGGUGAAGGUGGUUUUGGAUCUACUGGCACUAAUUAAGAUGUCCAUUGUUCAAGUUAUGUUCCCUGUUGUGGAUUAGUUUUUUUAUCAAAAAAAUUGUGAUACUUAAGUAUAAUUAAUUUCCUUCUUUUUUUUAAGCAUUGUACACAUGGACCCUUAAGUUAUCCGUUGACCUGACGUAAUUUAUAAGUUUGUAAAUUGUUUAAAAAAAAAAAAAGGGGGUUAUAACUUAUAAGUUUUGUC